AUGGAUAAGAAGCGAAAGGAAUCUGCAGAUACUGUCAAAGAGAAGAAAGAGAAGGACUCCACGGACAGCAGUAGAGACCGAAAAGAUUCCUAUGAGUUCACUAAAGAAAGAAAGGACUUGAAAAUCAAACAGGAGUCYAUAAGAGACGAUUAUGGGAAYGAUGCCUCCWUCAAAGAARUUGAAACUGUCAGCAAACCAUGUGAAAUUAGAGARAGGAACCACUCUGGAAAAGAGAAGGASAGAAAGGGAGAUGKGGUGGAAAAGAGAGAAAAGACWAAAGCUGACAAACACAAGGAAAAGCCWAAAGACCGAUCYAUAGAACAGGAUAAGGAGAAGCCUGAGARGACCUCAACUGAGAAGCUUUUGAARGAAAAAGACACAGAUAGAGGCUCUAAAGACAAGAAGGAGGGWGCUAAAGACAAACACAAAGACACACACAGCAAAGACAAGGAMAGGAAGAUGUCUUCAGAACAAACUAAGGACAAGAAAGAAAAGGCUUCACAGGACAAGCAUGCUGACCGGGAUAAAGAUGUCCUUGAGGUGAAGAAGGAGGAUCGAAAACCUGAGAAAGUUAAACCUGAGAAAACAUGGUACAAGAUAGCAGACAUUUUCACAGAUGAAAGUGAGGAUGAAGAAGACAAUUACAAUGGGGGUGUGGCCAAGUUAAGUGAUUCCCUUGGRUUGUCCGAUUCUCACAGGAAAGACUCCACAUCUGACAGGGAUGAGCUUGAUCACUUCCAAACRGAAAAACCCAGAAAAUAUUCUGCUGAGGCCAAACACACAACAGAAAAACAGAAAGAAAAAGAMCACAAGAAAAAAGACAAGACCACAUUUGAUAUGGGGAAAGAGAGGAAGGGUUCCUUAGAGAAACACAACAAAGAUAAGAAAGWWAAGGAUUCUGUUGAUGCAAAACACAARGAACGCAAAGAYAGAAUGUCUGUGGACUCAAACCAAGAGAAGAAAAACAARCAGAAGCUGUUGGACAAGAGGGAMGCCAKUGAGGAWAAGACCAAGARUAAAUAUAAAGACAAGCAAGAUCAUGUUAAYGAMAGAAAGCCCUCRAAGGGGAGUGGGGAAAAUGAAAAGUCGCUCUUGGAGAAGCUGGAGGAAGAGGCCAUGAAUGACUACAAGGAUGACUCCAAUGACAAGAACAGUGAGUUAUCCUCAGACAGCUUCACUGAUCAGGKUCAUGAGCCAGUGCUCAGCAGCUACUAUGAUUCCUCCAACAUCAGCCUYCCAGACAUUACUGAUGAGAGACGAGACUCACUCWCCAUAUCUAAUCCUCAAGACAAGUUCAGAGAGAAAGAGAGGCACCGGCAUUCAUCUUCAUCAUCGUCCAAAAAGAGUCAUGACAAGGAGAAGGACAAAGUCAAGAAGGAAAAGGGGGAUAAACAAGACAAGAUAGAGGAAAUAAGAGAAUCCUAUGGACGCAGAGAAAGUCUGCCCUUYGAGAAAGAGCCUAUGCCAUUAGAAGCGGACCCUUACACAUUUCCAUUUGGGUCUAAGGGUGAUAAAGAUGAAUUUGAUAAGACGUUGGAGUUUGAAAAGGAGAUGUCUAAAAAAGCUGACAAAGACAAAGUGAGUACUGUCAUCAGUGAUAAGAUCAAGGACAAAAAGAAAAAAGAGAAACAUAAGGAGAAAGUCAAAGAGGAGAAGCACAAGUACACGGAUGGCUUUGGAUCACUUAAACACUCCAAGGAGGAUAUCAAAUGUGGAAUGAAAGAGAGUCCUCAAAUUACCAAUUUGAAGGAAAGAUCAAAGGAAGACAGUCCCAAAUUUGAUGUGAAAAAAGAGAGAAACCGAGACUCUUUGGACAAAGACAGUAGGGCGGACCAUGUUAAGUCCAAGGUUAAAGAAGAAAAUGAAAAAGUAAUUCAGUCUAAAGACACAGCUCGCAAAGACAACCGUCCACGUUCAAAGCUUCUGGUUGAUGGGGAUCUCAGACUAACCAGCUUUGGGCAAAUGUUAGGCUUAAAAGACCAGGAGAUUGAAGAACGCCAUAAGAAGCAUAAGGAGAGGAUGAAGCAGAUGGAGAAACUAAGACACAGAUCAGGGGAUCCCAAACUUAGGGAUAAAACCAAGUCCACUGAGGAAAUAAAGAAAAAUCGCAAUGAACUAUCAUCCAAAAAAUCUAAUAGUUUAGAAUCUGCAUUGAAAGAGAAGAAGCUCAAAGAUAUUGGUCUCCCAGCCCAAAUUAUGUCUCCGGAAAGAAAGCCACAACCCAUUGACACUCAAAAUUCAAAGGAUUGGCUUGCAGGCCAUCAGAUGAAAGAAAAUCUCCCUGCCUCACCUAGGCAAGAUCAGAAUAGACCAACGGGUGUUCCCACCCCCACAUCUGUAAUCUCUUGUCCCAGCUAUGAGGAAAUCAUGCAGACGCCACGGACUCCAUCCUGCAGUGCAGAGGACUACCCUGAUAUAAUGUUUGAUGGGUUAGAUUGUCAGAACUCAUCAGCCAUGGCCAUGUCUAUGAAUGCCUGCUCCCCAUCCUUCUUUGACAGGUACUCCAACUCAUCACACACCUUCCAAGAAGGGACUUGUAUAACUCCGGCUAAGAAUCUCCAGUUGCCCCUUGUCAGUCGAUCGGCUUCGUCUGAUGUUAGAAGACCCCUGGAAGAUGAGUUCAAAGCUGAAGCUGGCAAGUUUCUACAACACAUUUUGCCAGACGCCUCUGAGUUUGACUUGGCAGCCUCCCAGCCUCCAGAAGACAAGGCAGCAUCAGUGGAGAGACUUGAAUGCCUGUCUCCUCCUUACUUCUCACCUAUUAGAAUGCUGUCUCCCGGGCUAGAACUUGCCCAGCCUGCACUAGAUGGGGCCACCACAGCAAUGGCUGGCACAGAGACCUGUGAACACCUACCUGAGAGUGUCUACAAUAACUUCCUGAUGAAGCCCUCAACGCCAGUCCACAGACCUGACCCCCAGGAGCCGUGUCUGGACAUUGCUGCUCCACCCACCCCUGCACCUGCUGCUCUUCCUCCCCUGGAUAUUGAUGACCUUUCUGAGCCUCAUCAAAGUGAGCCCAGUCUUGUUCCCUCUGACCCAGUCAGUGGCAGUGAGUAUCUGCCCCCUGUUGUUGAGGAAGAGGAGGAGGAGGAAGAAGAGGACUACGAAGAGGAGGAGGACGAAGAAGAGGAGGAGGAAGGGGAUCUUGAAGAACCAACAGAUGCUGAUCAUCAUGCUGCUGAGGAGACGAGGGACGUCUGCUCAUUCUCUCCUCCAAGGGUUGAAGAGCCUUUGAGGAARGGCUGGGCUGAAUCUCCUGAGAGAAGAGUUGCAGAGGUGCAUCAGUUGACUCCCCCACAUCCACCACCCAACCURGUGGAGAACUCCAGUGAUCAUACCAUCAGCUGGAACUCUGAGAUGAUYUUGAAAUCUCCUCAAAGGACUUAUGGGGAAAUAGAGGCAGCUGUCUCCAAGAUAACCAGCCCCUUCUCGCAUUCAGACAGUGAUUUGCAGCACAUUACUGCCAUACCUGGCCAUCCAUCAGUGAYCCCUCCAUAUGCUGCUUACAGGUCUUAUGUACCUGACCCUGACUUUGACGAGCAAAAAGAGGCUGUGGAGGACAUUCCAAUUUCUCCAGCAAGACCUGAAAUGACACCCAUGGAAUUGGAACCAAACUACUUGACAACCCCCUCAUCCUCCACAAGGUUAGAGUCUUUCUUCACAGACUGCAAGCCAAACUUGGAGGAUAAUCACCAGAUGGACUCAGAGCUUUCUUGUGCAGUACAAGACGGCAGACAAAACUCCCAUGGCUUUACUUCUGAGAGCCAUAUGCCUCUAGCAGUAAGCAACGAGCCAGUGGUGCCCUGGACAGACCCGUUCUCAGCUACAGUGGAGGAGCUUGAUGAUCUUGGCCCUUUCUCUCUACCUGACCUCCCUUCUCUCUCCCUCCCGACCUCCCUGCCAGACAAGGAGAUGCCAGAGCUUGACGUCAGAGAUUCAGAGCCAGCCGACUACAAGCCUCCACCUGCUCAUAUAAGGCCUCCUGCGAUUGAAACAAUAGAGGGCGAAGAGCUUAUGGAAGUUGACCUGCCUAUCCUGGCCAAACCCCUGUGCCCUUCCGCGGUCCUACCACUCAAUGAUUCUUUGCAGGAUUUGGUUGUGCCCUCACCAAAACACAAUUUCCAACCAGAAUUUGAGUCUGAGCCUCAGAAUGUCCAUGAAAAUAACUUUGUGAAACCACAGGUCUUUGAAAACAGAGCCACAUAUGAAGAGACUGAUGAGAGUGAUGGAAACAUGAUGUUCUCAGCUGUUAAUAUAAACAAUACUCAGCAUCACAGGCAGAUGUCACUGACCGAGUCUUUAUCAGUUGUAGUUACUCCAUGUAUGGACUCMUUGACAACUGUUAAACCAGAACAAAUUGGGCAGAUAUCAGAUCCCUUUGUUGGGCCAACUUGCAGUCCAGUCCCCUCCGUUCCUCUGCCAGUUGCCGUCACGAUUUCUGGCACAGUCCAUGUUUCGGAGGCUCUUGAGACAACGUCUAAGCUCACAGUCACUCUGACAACGUUGUCAACUGACCUUCCCAAGAAGGUGGAGGAGAUCCCACAGAGGAUGACCAGAAACAGGGCCCAGAUGCUAGCAAAACAGGAGAAUACCACCACCACCACCACCACCAAAAAGCAGAGUAGUAGAGUAGUAGCAGAGAGUACAACCACCACCACUAUACCUGCUAGCGUGAUACCUCCAUCUGUCCCUGUCACCAUGAGCAUGGCUGUAACCACAACCACCCCUAUCCCCACCCCUACCUUUGUCCCCUUUGUUGUUCUGGAGAAAGAAAAGGAACUUGUCACCACCAUCUCCACCACACCAACCAUUACCCCGGCUCCACCGCCGCCGCCUCCUGUAGUGGUCAGCAAAACUAAAGGGCGGCCUGUGGAGGAAGAGGAAUCCCAGACGCAGCAUCCACGCAAGAGGAAAUUCCCGAAACCGCAGGUUCAGCUGGUCAACACAGCCAUGCAGCAGACCAGGGAGAUGAUUCAACAGACGCUGGCUGUCAUUGUCAACGCCAUCAAACUGGAUGACAUAGAACCCUACCACAGUGACCGCUCUAACCCUUACUUCGAAUACCUGCAGAUACGGAAAAAAAUAGAGGAGAAGAGGAAGAUCUUGUGCUACAUCACACCACAGGCCCCACAGUGCUACGCUGAGUACGUGACCUACACAGGCUCCUACCUGCUGGAUGGCAAGCCUCUCAGCAAGCUGCACAUCCCAGUGAUUGCUCCACCUCCAUCGUUAUCGGAGCCCCUGAAGGAGCUCUUUAGACAGCAGGAGGCAGUGAGGGGGAAGCUGAGACUGCAGCACAGCAUAGAGAGGGAAAAGCUUAUUGUCUGUGUGAGCAAGAAGUACUGCGGGUCCAUUGCAGAGGGCAAGGACGAUAGCCAAUCAGGCCGUCCCAUUCAGUGCCUGCACUAUGUUACUGGACUCUGGAGGGUGAUGAGAACAAACGUGUCUGUUAAUGCAGGCACGCAUGAGGCAGCUGCCCUGAACGCAGUGCAGAGGAUGGAGUGGCAACUGAAGGUGCAGGAGCUGGACCCUGCUGUACACAAGUCUCUGUGCGUCAACGAGGUCCCCUCCUUCUACGUGCCAAUGGUUGAUGUCAACGAUGACUUUGUGCUGUUGCCCGCGUGA